AUAUUGAUGGUACAAGUGUUUAUAUAUAAGAAAUUACAAGGGCUAUAGCUUAUAGAAGGCAAACACAGCUUCACCAUUGAGUACUUUUUUCAUUUCUUUCUCUCUCAUUUUUCUUCUCCAUUCUCUCAUAUAUGGCUCAUUUGGAAGCAAUGAAACAAGGUGGUGAAGAUGAACGUGAAGUGCAAAGAAGUUACUGGAAAGAGCAUUGUGUAAAUUUGUCAGUUGAGUCAAUGAUGCUCGAUUCAAACGCCUCUCAUCUCGACAAAGAAGAGAGACCCGAAGUACUUUCUCUAUUACCAUCAUAUGAAGGAAAAUCAGUUUUAGAGCUUGGAGCAGGUAUUGGAAGAUUUACAGCUGAAUUGGCUCAGAAAGCUGGCCAGUUGCUUGCUGUGGACUUCAUUGAGAGUGCAAUAAAGAAGAAUGAAAAUACUAAUGGACACCACAAGAAUGUCAAGUUCAUGUGUGCUGAUGUCACAUCUCCAAAUUUGCAUAUUUCUGAAGGAUCAGUUGAUUUGAUAUUCUCAAAUUGGUUACUCAUGUAUCUUUCAGAUGAAGAGGUUAAAAACUUAGCUGAAAGGAUGGUCAAAUGGUUAAAUGUUAAUGGAUGUAUAUUCUUUAGAGAAUCUUGUUUCCACCAAUCUGGAGAUUCAAAGAGAAAAUACAAUCCAACUCACUAUAGGGAACCAAGAUUUUACACUAAGGUAUUUAAAGAGUGUCAUAUGAGUGAUGAUAAUGGGAACUCCUUUGAGCUUUCUCUUGUGGGCUGCAAAUGCAUUGGAGCUUAUGUUAGAAAUAAGAAGAAUCAAAAUCAGAUUUGUUGGAUAUGGCAAAAAGUUAAAUCACAAGAUGAUAGACGGUUCCAAAGGUUCUUAGAUAGUGUUGAGUAUAACCAUAAGGAUAUCUUACUUUAUGAACAUGUUUAUGGUCAUGGCUUUGUGAGCACAGGAGGACUUGAAACAACAAGGGAAAUUGUGGCAAAGUUAGGACUAAAGCCAGGUCAAAAAGUACUAGAUGUUGGUUGUGGUAUUGGAGGAGGUGACUUUUACAUGGCUGAAAAUUUUGAUGUUGAGGUUGUUGCUAUUGACCUCUCCAUCAACAUGAUUUCUCUAGCUAUCGAACGUGCCAUCGGACUCAAAUACGCGGUUGAAUUUGAAUGCGUUGAUUGCACAAAAAAAUCGUAUCCUGAUAAGACCUUCGAUGUAAUCUACAGUCGCGACACCUUAUUACACAUCAAAGAUAAACCAACAUUGUUCAGAUCAUUUUAUAAGUGGUUGAAGCCUGGAGGUACACUUUUAAUUACUGACUAUUGCAAAAGUGUUGGAAGUCUUUCAGUAGAAUAUGCAGAGUAUAUAAAAAAGAGAGGAUAUUAUAUCCAUGACAUGAAAGCAUAUUUUCAGAUGCUUGAGAAUGCUGGAUUUGAUGAUGUCAUUGCUGUUGAUCAAACCAAUUUGUUCUUGAAAACUCUACAAAUGGAGUUGAAUGCCCUUGAGAACAAGAAGGUUGAUUUCAUUGAUGAUUUCUCUGAGGAUGACUAUAAUGAAAUUGUUGAAAGAUGGAAGGCUAAGCAGAUGAGAGGUGUAGCUGGUGAGCAGAUAUGGGGAUUGUUCAUUGCCAAGAAAAAAUGAUGCUUCUUUCUUAAGUUAUGUCAUGUAGUGUAAUGAAGAUAUUUAGUUCAGUGUGAACAACCUUGCCACUAAUAAUUAUGUUGUUUUUAGCUUGGAUAGCUUGUUAUUCUGCUUCCUCUUUUAUAUGGAAGUAAAUGUGAUGUUCACCUAUUACUCUUAUCAUGGUUUUUAUGAAUAUUAUUUCUAUUACCAUUUUUAUCAUU